AUGAUGUCCACACUCUUCCGAACAAACCAUCAUCUCAUUCGUCUCCCCAACGAUACACUCGUGGACCAAAUAUUCCCUUACUUGUCUGUACGGGAUAUCAUUCGAGUCAGGGGGGUUUGUAAGCUUUUCUACGAGUUGACCCACCAGCCUAUGGUAUGGAAGCGCAUUCUCAGGCAGUUCCCGCUUUGGCUGCCGCCAGUCCCUCCCAGCUCUCGGCAUUCCUUCUCCUCCCUUAGUAGCUUCGAAACUGAACGGUUGAUUGUCCGCGCGCUCUCGCUCGAUGCGAACUGGUGCAGCCCAGCACCCAAAGCGUACAGCAUAGAAAAGAUCAAUGUGUUCUAUGAAGUGAUCCAUAUGAAGCUCCUUCCUGGUGGAAGGCACAUGGUCGCGUCGGUGCGCGAUGCUGAACCUAAUUCCUACGCGCUGUUGUUAUAUAUGCUGGAUCACCGUGUCAAGCGUAUGUGGCCCAUGGCGAGGAUUCGCACAGAGUCGAAGGCUUAUUUUCUCGAGGCGAAAUAUAUGCGAUGCAAGGGACAGCUUGGGGUAACAAUCGCAUAUGUACGCCGAGAGCCCAAACACAGCUCAGAUCGUGCUGCUGGUGUCAAUGUGUCCGAGUAUAGCGAGGAACAUGACAUCGACUACCCUGUAGACGUUCGAUACGAAUCUGUGGUCCUACACGUGAACCUCGAUGCAGUGGAUGCCAUGGAAGACCCUCGCUUCCCCCCUGGAUCAGAACAGCACUAUACAACCGCGGAAAGUAUCGACCCCCCGUUUGAGUGCAUCUCUGUCGUUCGCUCACGUCUUCCUAUCGAUUUUCUUGACCUUGUCGAGAUCGCUGGUGUUUCGUAUAUCGUCUUAGCAAAGCGGAACAGGGAAAUCAUCAUCAAGAACCUCGAAACGAAGGCAGUCUCGAGAAUCAUCUGUCGGAAUAUCGAUCCCGCAGCAUUAUUUUCCGAGGAAGAGCUGGUCAACUGGCUACUCGCUGGCCAACCUGUUCCCGUCACACCCCGCAUCCGUGCGAUCCGCGUCAUCCCCACGGAAAAGACUAUCCUCGUCCUUUCAACCUGGCACCACCCAGUCAACGAUCGCGCGCCUCUCUCUAUAGAAAAAUUCAAAGUACCUCUCGACGGGCAGACGCAGGAGAAACACGCGGACCAGGCGCUCCUGUAUCAAUUUCCGGUCACUCGCUAUGUCCAGUUCUGCAUCUCGGCCCCUGCGUUCCCAUCCAUACACGACCGCUCCGUAUUCAAAGACAUCUUCCCGAAUGCUGAGCCUCCGCCGAUCUCCAUUUAUGUUCUGCAAGAUAGCCCAUGGCAGUUCUUGCAUCUGCGAAUUUGGCCAACACGCGUUACAUUGGAUCACGAUUUUGUUCGUUUGGAACUCCCCGCCGGGCCUCCAAACGCCAACGCUGUGAACGCUCAGCCGUCGGAUGAAGAAACUGUACCCAACGCUACCGCAGAUGCGCCAAAGUCUCCUCCCACAAUAAAGGAUACCACUUGGGCGUACAAGCUGACGCCGCCUUAUCUCAGGGCAUGGGAACGUGGGAUAUAUGGAAACGAGAACCGUCCGCAUGUUCUUCCCGGGAACACUCGCGCUUUCGUGUGGAAUACUUGGAUAGAGUCUCGUAGGAUCAACGCCCCCGCCGGGCGCUUGGAUACGUAUACCGAUUUCACACGUCCCCCCUCGCCCUCACGGUUUAUAUGGAAGGAGGAUGCCGAGCGCCGAGCGGCAGGUGAGCAAGAGCGCGCUUGGGCACGGCAGGCUGCAGGAGUGGUCCCAGAUGACAUGAGGCGUUUCAGGGCCAUUGAACUUGGGGAUGAGAUGGACGAGUUAUUGGAGGAGGGAAUUGAUGCGAUUGCCUACGAUGAGUCGAGUGGGAAGGUCUGCUUCGUGCCGACGAGGAGCAAGAUGUCGGUGUAUGUUUUGGAAUUUGCGCAGACACCAAAAGAAGGUGAGUUUUUCCUUGACAUGUCCAUUUAG